AUGGGGGACUGCCGGCGGCUGUUCGAGUAUUUUGCGAUUGUUGGCCUAAAGGAAGGCGCGGAAGAUCUGAUCCCAACAGCGCAGGAGUGUGGUUGCCGGAACUCUGCGCCACUGGCUCCCAUCACCGACAUAUGCGUCAUUUUUCCUGGAUUGGGCGAAACGGUUCCGGAUGGAUUCGAGCGCAUCACAAGCACACCGAUGGGCUAUCCGGCCGAUCUCAAUCACGGAUCACUGCGCACGCCCUCAGUUUUUCUGUGUUUCCGCCGAGGAUAUCACAAGCCGCCACUAGUUGAUAUCGGUGUACUGGAUGAGGGUCGCGGAGAAAAACCAAUGCUCGACUCGAAUACUGUCCUCUCCACUCCUUUUGGCCGCUCUGCAAACGUUAAUAAUGCUUCACCAGGUGUUUUUCUCACGUACCGCCGGGCGCAAGCAAACAGCGCGCCAAGCCAGCUUGUCGUCACGCACAUUUGUGUCAUCUUGGCAAAUAAGGGCGAAGUGGCCCCGCACACUUAUUACAAAAUUCCCAAAAAUCUGAACAAGGGCAUGGUCGGAUCGGAUGUGUUCUUAUGUUACAAAAAAUCGCAGGGGACGUCAAAACGAAUUGCUUAUAAGCCAUCGGUGUUGGAUCAUUUCCCACUGGAGAACAAGUUUACACUGGCGCAAAAUAUACCAAUGUUCUGUCUUCCGAUGGGCGCGCUGAUUGAAUGCUGGCCAGCCAGAUGUCAGCCUCCGGAUAAAUCCUUCUCCACUUUUGUCCUUACUGAUCAGGAUGGGAGUAAGCUGUACGGUUCGUCGAUCACAUUUUACGAGCCAUAUACGAAGCCGCUGAGUACAGAACAAAUGGAAAAAUUAGAGCUAACUAAUGAAGCUGUUACACAUGGAACAGUGGAGGAUGCGUCCAGCACAAACGAUCCAGCGGAGCAGGUGACGUUUCACAGCAACAUGUCAAUCUGCAUCAUAUCCAGAUAUCCGUUUUUCACUGCUUUCAAGCGCUUCCUGUUCUAUCUUCACCGCAUCUCGCUGUCCACCUCGCAGCCUGUUCCCAUUGAGCGUUACAUCUCCCAUCUGCUCGGCAAUGAAACAAUAUCAUUUGAGAGCCAUGACGACUCACAGUUGCCCCUUUCCGGUGCUGCAUUUUUUGAUACUUUGAAGUGUCUCGGACCUGAAAAUCUCAUGUAUUUGAUGUUGCUUGCGUUGUUGGAACAGAAAAUUUUGGUUCAUUCGUUGCGGCCGUGGUUACUGACUGCAGUUGCCGAGAGUGUUUGUGCUUUAAUGUUCCCCUUCCACUGGCAAUGUCCAUACAUUCCUCAGUGUCCCCUCUCGCUUGCUGGUGUUCUUCAUGCCCCGCUUCCUUUCAUUGCUGGUGUCGAUUCCAGGUAUUUUGAUUUGUACGAAGAUCCGCCAUCCGAUGUCACAUGUUUCGAUCUCGACACGUCAACAGUCAGUUUCUCGUCCGUUCGGCAGACGCUGAAGCUCAGCAUGCUUCCAAAGGUGUCUCACGCAUGUUUUAAUAACCACAUAAAUUAUGAAGCGCAUACUUGGAUCUGCCCUUGUACAGCAUCAUCCUAG